GCUGAGCAGCUCAGUUUGCUAUAUUAGGCAGGAUCUGUGGCAGGAGUAGCUCAUUCGCAAACGCAUCAGCGUCGCGCACACAUCGCACACACCCAGAGCAGAACAGAACAGAGUCCAGCAGCCAUGGCCACCACCAACAGUCAGAGCCACUAUUACGCCGAUAACAUGUACAACAUGUAUCACCAUCACAGCCUGCCGCCCACGUACUACGACAACAGCUACUAUCAGAGUGCUGCCACACAGAGUGUGGCCGCCAGCCAGUGGCAGCCCGCGGCAAGCAGCUAUCAGAGCAACUACGGAGGAGCAGCCUAUGGCCAGGAGAGCUACUCCGACAGCAGCUGCUACUACGCCCAGAGCAGCUACAGUCCCAUAGAUGCCACAGUGCCACAGAUGCCGCCAGCACUCCAGCAGCCAGAGAUCCCUGUCGCCUCGCCCGUCAAGUCACUGAAGCGCAAGGCGGAGGACACAGCCGCAGUCAUUGCCGCCGUCGAGGAGCGACCGAGCACACUCCGUGCGCUGCUGACCAAUCCCGUGAAGAAGCUGAAGUACACCCCCGACUACUUCUACACCACCUUCGAGACGGUGAAGAAGAGCCCAGCCCAGGCCCAGAUUAAGGCCAGCUGCAGUCCCGCUCCCAGCUACGAGCAGGAGUACGUGGCAGCUCCCACGCCCAGCGCCUCCGAGGAUGUCGACUAUCUCGACGUGUACUCGCCACAGUCCCAGAAGAAUCACAAGAAUGGCGAAUACGUGGCAGCCACACCACCACCAGCCUCUACACCAGCCACGCCCACGUCCAUAGUGGAGGGCAUCAGCACGCCACCCCAAUCGCCCGGCGUAAAGUCCGCCACGGCAUCGAGUGUCAGUCAUGAGAUCAAUCAUCGAAUUGUGACAGCUGCCAGCAACGGAGUCGCCGCCGAAUUCAAUUGGUCGCACAUCGAAGAGAGUCUCUCAUCAGAUUGCAAAGACUCGAAACGCACGCGCCAGACCUACACCCGCUACCAGACCCUGGAGCUGGAGAAGGAGUUCCACUUCAAUCGGUACAUCACGAGGCGGCGGCGCGUCGACAUUGCCAGUGCCCUCUGCCUGACGGAGCGACAGAUCAAGAUCUGGUUCCAGAACCGACGCAUGAAGUCCAAGAAGGACCGCUCGCUGGAGGGUUCACCCGAACACUGCAGCACGGCCUACGGUGCUCUGCUGGCACCGCUUGAAGCCACCUCCGCCGUAGCCCUGCCCAUGCCCGCUCAGCCACAGGCCAUGCCACAGACGAUGCCCUACCAUGCCACCGCUCCGUAUCCCGCUUAUUUGGCCAGCAGCCACAGCCACAGCCACAGCCAUAGCCAAAGCCAAAGCCAUAGCCAUGGUCUUGGACACAGUCACGGACAGGGCUAUGAUUACACGCAGCAGCAGCAGCAGUACGAGCAGUACGCCGCACCGCAAUAUCAUCAACAGACCCAGCAGCAGUGCAGUCUCAGCAGUGCCUACCACCAACAGCAGGAGCUGACCGCCUCCAACCAGGCGCUGUACCACCAUCUGCCCUAGGCCCAACCCACACACACAAACACACAAACAUCUAUCUGCCACAGAGCGGAACCGAGACGCACACAAGCACUUCUCUCGACCAUUUGCCGGUGACACGCAAAUGCCGAAGCCGAGACCGAAGCUGCAACCGCGCUGCAAGGCGCGCACACAGAGGAGAGCGCACUCCCUACGGUGCCCAUCAUUCGGGCACAGCACAGGACGAGUGCGCUGUGCGCCUGCGCAGGGACACUGCCAGCGAGGGGCAGAGGCUCCUUGCCGGGCCGUACUGCCGCGAGCCGAACCCAGUGGCUGGCCAUGAUGGGUUCUCAGCGAUCGAUUAUCUGCGGGCCACAACCAACCAACAACCAACCGAUGAUAAUGAUUCAAGAUCUUGGAGACUGACACACACACACACACACACAUGUUUUUUGUUAAGCAAACGAAAGUGCUUCACUGUACAUUUACUCUUA